AAGCCGAGGGAGCGCGCCGGGGGCGCGGGCGGCGGAGCAGUAAAGAUGGUGGCGCGCGGGUCUCCGCCUUCUGCUCCCGGCUGACGCGCUCUGAAGGAGGCGGCGGCGGCCCCCGGGGCGGCCGUGACCUAGCGGCGGCGGCGCGGCCGCGGCCGCCGGCCCGAGCGAUGGCCGAGCUGGAGCACCUGGGCGGGAAGCGGGCCGAGUCGGCGCGCGCGCGGCGGGCGGAGCAGCUGCGGCGCUGGCGGGGCUCGCAGACGGAGCAGGAGUCCGCCGAGCGGCAGGCGCGCUCCGGCCGCGGCGGCCCCCGGGUGCGCUUCGAGGACGGCGCGGUCUUCCUGGCCGCCUGCUCCAGCGGGGACACGGACGAGGUGACGAGGCUGCUGGCCCGGGGGGCCGACAUCAACACGGCCAACGUGGACGGCCUCACCGCCCUGCACCAGGCCUGCAUCGACGAGAACUUCGACAUGGUGAGGUUCCUGGUGGAGAACGGGGCCGCCGUGGACCAGCAGGACAACGAGGGCUGGACGCCCCUCCACGCGGCGGCCUCCUGCGGCUACCUCAACAUCGCAGAGUACUUCCUCGACCACGGGGCCAGCGUGGGCGUCGUCAACAGCGAGGGUGAGGUGCCCUCCGACCUCGCGGAGGAGCCUGCCAUGAAGGACCUCCUUCUGGAGCACGUGAGGAAGCAAGGGGUCGACCUGGAGCAGGUGCGGAAGGAAGAGGAGCAGCGGAUGCUGCAGGACUCCAGGCAGUGGCUCAACAGCGGCAAGGUCCAGGACACCAGGCAGCCCCGCUCCGGGGCCACCGCACUGCACGUGGCUGCCGCCAAGGGCUACUCCGAGGUCCUCAGGCUGCUAGUCCAGGCCGGCUGCGACCUGGACGUGCGGGACCACGACGGCUGGACGCCCCUGCACGCCGCUGCGCACUGGGGGGUGAAGGAGGCCUGCUCCAUCCUGGCCGAGGCCCUCUGCAACAUGGACGCCCGGAACAAGCUGGGCCAGACCCCGUUCGACGUGGCCGACGAGGGCCUGGUGGAGCACCUGGAGAUGCUGCAGAAGAAGCAGAGCGUGCUCCGGAGCGAAAAGGAGGCGCGGAGCGCGCUCAUCGAGUCGGGCCUGAGCGGCGGCGGGCUGCAGGGCGGACUCCUUCAGAACAAGGAGAAGCUGCUGUACGAGGAGGAGACGCCCAAGGCCCAGGACGCGGAGGAGGGAGACAAGGGGUCCAGCAGCUCCAGCUCGGAGGAGGAGGAGGAGGGCGAGGACGAAGCCUCGGAGUCCGAGGCUGAGAAGGAGGCAGAUGGGAGGCCCGAGGACGUGAGCAGCCUCUCCAGCCCGGAGAGCAAGGGCCGCAUGGAGGAGCCCGUCCCGGCCCCAAACCCCUCCGUCACCCCGGCCCGGAAGCCCUGCAGCGUCUUGAACAAGCCGGAGGAGCCCAGAGACGAGUCCCCCUCCUCCUGGCGCCUGGGCCUCAGGAAGACCGGCAGCCACAACACGCUGAGCACGGCCACCGACACCCGGGAGGCCGCGAGGGACCGGGGCUCCACCCUCUGCCGCUCCGCCUCCAGCCCCCGUGUCUCGGCCCUGCUGGACAACAGGGACAAGGACAGAGACGGCAGAAGCUACUUCAGCUCCCUGGCGCCCCGGAGGCUCGGCAGCCCUCGUGACACCGAGGAGAAGGAGAACAGAGAGUCGGCCGCGAACCUGGUGCGAAGCGGCUCGCACACCCGGCCGCUGCGGAGGGACGACGCCAAGGGGCCCGAGGCGCCGCCGCAGACCGUCGCGCCGUCCACCUACGUGUCGACCUACCUGAAGAGGGUCCCCAGCAAGCCCCCAGCGGACGCCCCCUCGGAGAAGGCGGACUCUGUCUCGUCCAGCACCCCGCUGUGCGUGAUCACCAACCGCCCCCUGCCCGGCUCUGCCAAUGGGCUCUCGGCGGCCACUCUGCUGUCCGCGCCCAGCUCGGACUCCUCCGCGGCAGCCAGGGACCGGCGGAGGUCCUACCUGACGCCCGUCCGGGACGAGGAGGCCGAGUCUCUGCGGAAGGCGCGCUCCAGGCAAGCUCGGCAGACCCGCAGGUCCACACAGGGAGUGACACUCACGGACCUGCAGGAGGCAGAGAGGACCUUCAGCCGGUCACGGGCCGAGCGGCAGGCCCAGGACCAGCCUGGCCGGAAGCCUGUGGGCACGGAGGGGCCGGAGGGCCAAGCUGAGAGGCCUGAGCCGGCCACGGCCGCCGCAGAGGAGGCCGGGGAGGGCCGCCAGCCCUCGGGCCGGGGUCUGCAGGAAGAGCCUGCACCCGGUACCCCGAGGCCUGCUGCCCAGCCCGACGAGCCUGCACCGGCCGCGUCCCCGUCCGCCUCGGGGCCCUCCCUCUACACCAGCUCCUACCUGCUGCGGCCGGGCAGACCCUCGGCCCCCGACCCGGAGCGUCCAGGGACGGAGGGGGCGGACCCCAACGAGACUGGAGAAGCCGGUGUGGACGACCCGUCCGCUGGCGGACUGUCCGUCCGUGAGAGGCGGCGGCUCAGGGAGCGGCGGAGAGGCACGGGCAUCAGCUUCUGGACCAAGGACGACGACGAGGCCGAUGGCUCCGAGGAGGUGAGAGAAGCGUGGCACGAAAGGCUCUCCAGGUUGGAGUCCGGGAGUAGCAAUCCCACUGCCAGCGACUCCUACGGCGACCGAGCGUCCGCGAGAGCCCGCCGGGAGGCCCGGGAGGCCCGCCUGGCCACGCUGACCGGCCGCGGGGAAGAGGGCAGCGGCAGGGACUACAAGAAGCUCUACGAGAACGCUCUGACCGAGAACCAGAAGCUGAAGAGCAAGCUGCAGGAGGCCCAGCUGGAGCUGGCGGACGUCAAGGCCAGGCUGGAGAAGAUGGCCCAGAAACAGGAGAAGGCUCCGGAGAGGUCCUCGGUGCUGGAGGCGGAGAAGCGGGAGCGGCGCGCCCUGGAGCGGAAGAUGUCCGAGAUGGAGGAGGAGAUGAAGAACCUGCACCAGCUAAAACAGAUCCAAACCCUGAAGCAGAUGAACUCGCAGCUGCAGGCCGAGAACAGGGCGCUGGCCCGCGUGGUGGCCCGGCUCUCGGCGUCCACGGAGGCCGCGCCGCCCCAGGGGCCGUAGCUGCGGCCCCUCCUCCACCGCUGCAGGUGCUGACAGAGCUGAAGUCCGACAACCAGAGGCUGAAAGACGAGAACGGUGCCCUCAUCAGGGUCAUCAGCAAACUAUCCAAGUAGCACGGCCGCGGCCGAGGAGGCCUGGCC